AGUUGGAUCCAUCUGUUGAAUUGGGCGUUAUUGCCACUUUGUCGUGAAACUUUAAACUUUGUUAUUGUAACAGUUGCUGAUGGACAGUUUGAAGGCAGGAUGGUUCAGUGAACUCAAUGACCUCUGGCCAGGAAUGUGCCUCUCACUGCAGGUGGAUAAGGUUCUGCACAAGGAGAAGUCCAAGUACCAAGACAUCAUGGUGCUUCAAACGAAAAACCAUGGCAAAGCCUUAAUUCUGGAUGGCAUCAUUCAGUGCACGGAAACUGACGAGUUCUCAUAUCAAGAAAUGAUUUCAUUCCUGCCUCUAUGCAGCCAUCCUGCUCCUAAAAAGGUACUGAUAGUGGGUGGCGGAGACGGAGGUGUGGCCCGGGAGGUGGCCAAACACCCCGCCGUGGAGGAGAUCACACAAGUGGAAAUAGACGAGGGAGUUCUGCGAGUGUCCAGGGAACAUCUCCCAUUCAUGGGCUGUGGUCUGGAUCAUCCCAAGCUCACUUUAUAUGUUGAAGAUGGCUUUAAAUUUAUGGCCGACCACAGGGAGCAGUUUGACGUCAUCAUUACUGACUCCUCAGAUCCCGUAGGGCCUGCAGUAUCACUGUUCCAGAAGAGCUAUUUCUCAUUGAUGCAACAAGCUCUGAGGCCAGGAGGUAUAGUGUGUAGCCAGGCCGGGACUGUGUGGGCUAGCCUAGACCACGUGUGUCAGACGUUUAACCAUUGCCACCAGGUAUUUCCCAGGACAGCAUAUGCCAUCACUUCAGUGCCUACCUACCCUACUGGCCAGAUUGGAUUUGUGUUGGGCAGUUUGAAUCAGGAAACAAAUUUUAAGGAGCCACUGAGGAUAUUCUCCGAGGAAGAGUUGGACCAGAUGGGGCUGCGCUACUACAGCGCAGAGGUGCAUCGUGCAGCAUUCAGUCUACCUCGGUUCGCGCAGCAGGCCCUCUCUUUGCGCUAGUAGUAUCCGCCUCGCCCCAUGUUGUAAUAGGCUGCUGACAACAUGAACAAACAUUUUUUUAUAUUAAAUAUGAAGUUUAUUUUAUAUACAGAUUUUAUAACACUAUUUUUAUAAGUCUAUAUUGUUCUCAUGUUAAAGGUUUUAAAAUAACUUUACUUUACAAAGGGGAGAUCUCUUGUUGUUCGGUUAUAAGUCAUGGUUCCCACCUCACUAUUAUUUUUAUGAAAUAAAAUGUACUUAAGAAAGAAAA